UGCACCAGUUCAUUCGCGUCUAUUUUGUACGCGAAACAGUAAAAAAAGAAAAGAAAUAUUUGUACUAUUUUUCUAACGUUUAUACGCUUUUUAUAAAUGAAGACCCAGCCACAGAUAAUGCUGUGAAGCCUUGUUUUCGACAGGUGAUACCAAAGCGCGAGCACCCUGCCGUCGGUCUUUAUCUCCCAUGAAACCGAACCUAGUGCGGAAAAUGAUGUAAAACGGGGGGAAAUCUAAACCUGAAAGGCCCCACACAGCACAGCCACAAAAUGGAAAGGCACUAGCAACAACAACAUCAGCAGCAUCAACAGAGAAGCGACCAAGAUGAGCAUGUCGUGGCAUUUUUGAACCAUCGAUCUUAGUUUGUUAGCCAGCUUUUUGUUCAAGUCACCAAGGAACCAUAGUCUCCCCCAAAGUUCCAGGAGUUCCAACUUCCCAAUCCCAAACCAAACCCGAGUCCCCAUCCCAGCGAGCAGUCCGCGAUGCAUAUCAAAAGUCUGCCCCAUGCCCAUGCUGCUGCUACGGCGAUGAGCAGCAACUGCGACAUCGUCAUAGUGGCCGCCCAGCCGCAAACCACCAUAGCAAACAAUAAUAACAACGAGACGGUCACCCAGGCCACGCAUCCCGGUCACAUGACAGCGGUCCAACAGCAACAACAGCAGCAGCAGCAGCAACAACAGCAGCAGCAACAGCAGCAGCAGCAGCAGCAACAUCACCAGCAGCAGCAACAACAGUCGAGCGGACCGCCCUCGGUGCCACCCCCGCCGACGGAACUGCCCUUGCCCUUCCAGAUGCACCUGAGCGGGAUCUCGGCAGAGGCGCACAGUGCUGCCCAAGCAGCGGCCAUGGCAGCUGCCCAGGCUGCAGCAGCUCAGGCGGCAGCGGCGGAGCAGCAGCAUCAGCCGGCUGUUCAGCCGUCGGCGCCACCGCACCUGACUCACUUGACUACGCACAGUCCGACGACGAUUCCCGGCGAUCACUACCUGGCCAACGGUCACGGUGAACAUCCCGGCGAGGGAAAUGCCCCCGCGGGAGGUGGAGGCGCUGUCCGCGAUCAGGAGAAACCCUUCCAUUGCACCGUGUGCGAUCGUCGCUUCCGACAGCUGAGCACACUGACCAACCACGUCAAGAUCCACACUGGCGAGAAGCCCUACAAAUGCAACGUUUGUGAUAAGACCUUCCGUCAAUCGUCGACGCUGACGAACCAUCUGAAGAUCCAUACGGGCGAGAAGCCCUACAACUGCAACUAUUGUCCCAAGCAUUUCCGUCAGCUGAGCACACUGGCCAACCAUGUGAAGAUCCACACGGGUGAAAAGCCGUUCGAGUGCGUCAUCUGCAAGAAGCAGUUCCGCCAGUCCAGCACGCUCAACAACCACAUAAAGAUCCACGUGAUGGACAAGGUCUACGUUCCUGUAAAGAUCAAAACGGAGGAGGAGGAGGGGUGACUAGGACGCAUGGCGUUGGCGGCACACCACCAUCAGCACCAGCAGCAACAGCAUCAGCCUCCGUCCCAGCAGCAGCAGCACAUUGACCAGCGAGGAGUCACCAUCACCACGCUGCCCUCCGCCACGACAGUGUCCCAGCAUCAACAGCAGCAGCAGCAACAUCUUCAGGAUGGCUCACCGCACCACCACUUCAAUGUGGCCGCCUUGGGGGAUCUGUCCAGCGCCAUGCAGUUGGGCGCUGUAACGGCGGACGGCAGCUUUGUAACUAUGGGCGGCGUUGUGGUGGGUCGAAUCCAGCACACGCGCGAGGAACUGCAGCAGCUGGGCGUGAUCAAGGUGGAGUCGCCAUCGAAUGGAGCCACAGCUACGAUGUCAGCGGCGGCGGCGACAGCGCAGCGCGAAGGAUGAGUCGAUGAGCUGCUCCUCGAGUACAUGCUCAAGGAGGAAAAUGUGGAUGAGGAGGAUGAGCGGGAACAAGGGCCGGAAGAUGAUGUUGUGGAGAACGAGGAGCGGGAUGAGGAGGAGCAGCAAUCGAGCCAGGAGUGAGCCAUGUUUGGUGUGUACGCUUACGUUGUUGUUAGUUGUUUAAUUGUAGCGAACAUUGUUGUUGUUGUUAAGGUUUAAAUGUGUGACAAAGAACUUACCAAGAUGAAUGUAUAGCAAACGCUUCAAAAGUAGCUAACCGAAAGGCGCAAACACCAGCACCCAGAGCUCCAAAAACAAAAAAAAAACAACAAACCAUAACCAGAAUACCGAAACCAGAAAUAGAAAUACUAUUAUUAAUAUCAAAGCUAAAGCUAAACUAAAACCCAGAAGAAAGACCUUAGCGGAGAGUUGUCUACAUAACAGCGCACCCCAUCUCACAUUCACACCCUUCUCAGUACCGGAAAUAGAUUAAUCCACUCUCUACUCACUUAAUUAAACCUUACCAUAACUAGGAGAAAACUAAAUUGCUAAUAGCAAAUGAAAACUAAAACUAAAACCCGUAAAAAGCAAAAAGUCAUUGUGUGUAAGGAAACUGAACUAAAAUGAUUCACAAAGUGCGAACCCGUUUCAAAUUUUAAAUUUGUUGAUCCGACUCACUUUUAAAUUGUUUAGUUUAGCAUUUAACGUUUACAUUGUUGUACACACACUUAAAAAGUGUUGCCGACGGUUUAUUUCGCCACCUUUUGGAGGCGUGCUUUGGUAUGGGUUAACACAAAUUCAAUUUGUUUUAAAAAUUCCUAGUUUAAUUAUUUAAUUUCGUUAACUUAUCAACGAAACUAUUUACAGAAAACGGCAACAAAAAAAUUCUAAUAGCGUUAAGUGGUCGAAACUAUCUAAUUUAGUAGUCCCUAGAUAGCCAUAGUUUUAACUGCAGCGUUUUGUUAAUUUUAAUUGAUUAGUCUUAGUAGUUUUAAUUUUCUGCAUUGGCAUAAUUUGGAAACACUAUAGCUGUCCCGCUGGCCUUCGCCUAAAUAUUAGUUAAUGAAGUAAACACAAACUAACGGUAAUUAAUUAAUUACGAAUAUGCGAUAGGAAAGCAACAAGUUCUGUACAAAGCCCAACUCCAAUUUGUAUGUAUAAAGCGAAUGCAGCGGCGUUAAGGAGAGAGUUUAACUAAAUUGUAAAACAAAGCCUUUUUAAAAGAGAAAAUAAUAUUUUCUAAAAAUACAAA